AUGACAGGAAAAAAUAAAGAAGCAACAACGAUUCUUCAGAGCAAAAUAAACCACGAAAUUUUUACGUUUCACUGCAUAAUACAUCAAGAAGUGCUUUGUGCCCAAACAUUUCCGGCCGAAAUAGUUGAGCUCAUGAAUUUGAUAAUCAAGAUUAACAGCAUCUUGUCAAAAGCACUCUACCAUCGUCAGUUUAAAGAAUUCUUAAACGAAAUGGAGACUCAGUAUUCCGACCCCCUUCUUCACAAUAAAAUGCGAUGGCUUUCCAAAGGUAAGGUGUUGAAACGUUUUGCUUUGUGCUUGAAUGAAAUAAAUACAUUCCUAAAUGAAAAAGGCAUUAAUCACCCUGAAUUAGAGAACGACAAAUGGUUGCAAAAAUUUUACUUUAUGGUGGAUAUCACAGCGAAAUUAAAUGAGCUGAAUCUAAAACUGCAAGGAAAGGGAAACCAAGACUAUGUUUUGAUAGAAGAAUUGGUUUGUUUUGAAGAAAAAUUAAUUCUUUUUGCAGAAGAUAUUCAGAGCGGUAAAUUACUUCAUUUUCAAUUUCUAAAGCAAUAUCGUGAUAAAACCAGUGUAACUGUUGACACCAAUUACUUCAGCACAGUUAUAAAAAAAAUUAAAGAUGAAUUUGCUGACAGAUUUGAGCAAUUCAAAACCAACAAAACCACUCUAGCAUUCAUAGUAAAUCCUCUCAACACAAAUAGUAACGAAAUCCACAUUGAGCCAUUUGGAUUUGACACUGGAUCUCUAGAAAUGCAAUUGAUCGAUUUAAAAAGUAAAGCUUUGUGGAGUGGAAAAUUUACAGAGUUGAAAAGCAAGUUGGAAUGA